AUGGGUUGGCAGAAGACAUUCACGCUCGCGAAGAGGAGCAAAGGCUGCCACCUCGUGACGGACGAGGUGCUCGCCCAGAUCGAGCCAGGGUUGCGAGGAGUCCAGGUUGGAGUUCUGUACCUCUUCAUCCAGCACACCUCGGCAGCACUCACUAUCAACGAGAACUUUGACAAAGCGUUGUGGGGGGCCCUUCUGGACGUUGUGGCAGACAUGGACAUGGCUCUAGAUAACAUCGUCCCCGAAAGUCUCAACUGGCGGCACACCGACGAGGGCCCAGACGUAUCGCACACGAAGACGUCGCUGGUCGGCACCUCGAUCUGUUUGCCGAUCACGGACGGCCGUCUGAAUCUGGGCACAUGGCAGGGGAUCUACCUCACGGAGUUCAGACACGCGCCCCACUCGCGCCGUAUCGUCGCAACGAUCCUGUACGUUGUUUACUUCUUGUACCGCUCUGCGGGAAAGGGGGCUAUCUGCUGA